CCUCUCAGCGUGAGAGUCAGUUGAAGAUCACGGCAGGAAGGAGUAGGUUAACUUCAGCGAUGUCCAGUUGGCAUAAAAUCCUGUUAAAUGGCCACAGUUACAAAGCGUUGGCUUUAGUAAACUCUAACCGCUGCAGCAGUGGAGUAAGAAGCAGUCGGAGUUUCAGUACAGGGAGACAUGUGCGGAAAGACAUCAUCUCGGAUCUUGAGGACCAGUUUAAAGCGUUCCGUGAGAAAGCAAAAGCGGCGAUGCCAGGCAGUGACUGGAGCCCAUUCGAGCUGACCCAAGGCCUUCCACCUGAACGUGCUGACAUCGUGAUCAUCGGAGGAGGCGUGAUUGGCUGGUCCAUCGCGUACUGGCUGAAGAGAAAACUGAUGUCUCAGGAUUCGUUGAGGGUGCUGUUGGUGGAGAAGGAUCCCACUUACAGCCAGUCCUCCACGGUGCUCUCUGCUGGAGGAAUUCGGCAGCAGUUCUCACUGAAGGAGAACAUCCAGCUCUCUCUGGCCUCCGCUAACUUCAUGAAGAAUAUUAACGAACAUCUUGGCGUGCUGAACGAAGAUCCCAUCGACCUGCAGUUUAAUCACUCAGGUUAUCUUUUCCUGGCCAGUGAAGCGUCGGCACACAUUAUGGAGGAGAACUACGCCAUUCAAAAAGAAUUCGGGGCUGAAGUCAGCCUGCUGUCACCCACACAGCUGAAGGAGAGAUUCCCCUGUUUGAACACCGAUGGCGUCGCUCUGGCUUCUCUUGGACUCGAGAACGAAGGCUGGUUCGACCCUUGGACCCUCCUGAAUGCCUUCAGACGCAAAGCCAUGUCUAUGGGAGUGUAUCAGUGCUUUGGAGAAGUCACAGGAUUUAGAUCUUGGACACAAAAUGCAGAAACCAUGGACGGAGACCUGCUGAACAUAAAAAGGAUCAAAUAUGUUAAUGUUCAGAUGCCUAACAGUUUGGAGUACCAGCCUGUGGAGUGUGCUGUGGUCAUAAACGCGGCCGGCGCCAGCUCGGGGAAAAUCGUCGACAUGCUAGGUGUCGGACAUGGCUUGAAAACCCAUGCGGAGGCCUUCCGGUUACCUGUAGAACCCAGAAAGAGGUACGUUUAUGUGGUGCAUUGUCCAGACGGGCCGGGCCUGGAGUGUCCGUUUCUGAUCGACUACUCGGGGGUUUACCUGCGGAGAGAAGGCCUUGGAGGAAAUUACAUCACAGGGAUGUCACCGGAGGAGAACGAGGAACCGGACUGCAGUAACCUGGAUGUGGACCAUGAGUUUUUCCAGGAGAAAGUCUGGCCUCUUCUGGCACAUCGACUUCCUGCUUUUGAAAGUCUGAAGGUGUCAGGAGCAUGGGCGGGGUUUUAUGACUACAACACGUUUGACCAGAACGGCAUCGUGGGUCUGCACCCACUGGUAAACAACAUGUACUUGGCAACAGGUUUCAGUGGACAUGGGCUGCAGCACUCUCCCGCCGUGGGCCGUGCUGUGGCUGAGCUCAUCCUGGAUGGGGACUUCAAGACCAUUGACCUGAGCGCCUUCGAUUUCAGACGCAUCCUCUGUCAGGAGCCCAUGCUGGAGAGGAACAUUGUGUGAGCAUGGAGGAGGCAUCAUUAAUGCUCUAAAACCGUUAACCUGAACCACUCAGGUUGACACGUCGUGGAAAAGAAAUGAAGGAAAUAAGAGGAGGCGCCGUGACAUAAGUGCUGUCUAAAGUGCAAACAGGAUAAUUACUCCUUACUCAUUCUCUGAAAUGCUCUUUACUGAAAAAAGUAUGCGUAAUUAUGCAGCAUUUCAUACAGCAUUUUGAAUUUUACAGGCAAAACUGAACUGAGAGGAACUUUUGAAUCAUGUCUUGUGUUUUUAAGUGUAAUUUACCCGUUUCUUAGAAGGGUACCAAUAAUUCUGAUAUUGACAUUAAUUGAUUUAAUUUCCAGUUUGUCUGCUGGAGAAUCAAACGUGGAUGUGUUUUAGCAUCGUAAUAAAAUUCAGAAAAUCUUGUAAAAUGCUGUGGCACAUUUCUGAGUGGAAGUUUACAGAAAUGGUCACUGUGUGUGUGUGUGUGUGUGAAAGAAAUAUACUGGGAGUAAACUGUACAUCAGGUGUUUCUCGUAUAAAGAUUUUCGUGCUACAACAAUCUUUACCACAAGGUGGCGACAAAGUAAAAAAAUGAUCCAUUAGGCUUUACGGGAAAAAUAGUUGAAAACUACAGAUUUCAAUUAUAAAAUUGUUGCUGGAAACAAUUUUUACUUUAUACAAAAAUGUGGCAAUAAUUUUAUUUAACAACACUAUUUAGGGCUUUUUUGACCAGGAAAAUAAACAU